UCAAGUAGAUCUUAGCAGGUGUCCGUUCCGGUUUCCAAAGACGCUUUUUUAACAGUUGAAAGUCUUUGUUCUUUUGUUUAGUUUUAUUCAUACCUGCAAUCAUGUUGAAGCCUCCUAUAGUAUUACUUGUUUUUCUUGCAUCAUUUUUAGCUGCGCCGCUGAUUUACUCACUUGAUAAAUUAGUUAUGAUGGAAAAUUCGAAGUGGGUUUUCACAGCUGGGGUCAUCACGCUUCCACUUUUCGGAUUGCUGUGCACCAUUUUCGUACAAGAACAUCCCGGGAAGAAAGAGACCCUGUACUAUGUGUGGUGUAUUUUCUCAUUCACUGCUGUGGUAGAUCUAUUUAUUGCACUGGAGCUUGAUGGGUAUGUGAAAGGUUUUAUGGAGUUCUAUUUGAGAGAAGGGGAACCGUAUCUGCGAAGCUCAUAUGGCACUAUGAUCAACUGGUGGGAUGGCAUCGGACAUUUUUCGAUGUAUCUUGGCAUGAUUUAUCUACUGACUACAGGACAAGACUAUCGGCUGCUUGGAUUGUACUGGGUUGGAUCGAUCACUCAUAGUAUGAUAGUGUUUAUGCCUGGAAAUGUAAUUGGAAAUAAGGGAUUGAAGUGGUCAUAUUUCCUAAAUGUGCCAUAUGUAUUUUAUCCAAUAUAUGCUGGUGUACGAUUCCUACGAGAGGGCAUGAGAAUCAAACAAAAACAGGUUGAUAAAAAGAAGUCAAGUUGGGAACAAGCAGCUGAGUGGAUGUUUGCUGUCUGGUUUCUCGCAGCUAUCGUUAUAGCAGCAUUCAGAUAUAUAAGUUGCAUGGGUUGUAAAGAAAAGAUAACAGAAUAUUAUUUAAAGGAAAUAGAACCAUACCUUAAUGAUCCUACACAGUAUGGGCGUACUCAGGCCUUAUGCUAUUUCUACUACUUCGUACCGUUCUACGUUGCUGCUUUUUGCUCACUGAUCUACCCUGGUGAACGUUGGGUAAAGGACUGGUCACUUAUUCAUGCCGGUGCAUCCAUCCAGGCACAGCUUGUCUUCAUUUGCAGCUCACUGAAGUGGCGUACACAGGCCGAGUUCCAGGUACCAGACACAACUGAAGCCAGGUCAAUUUUCUGGACUGUGAACCUUAGUUUGGUAAUUGUUCCACAUCUUUUUGCAUUGUAUUGCCAUAGAUAUGAGGUUAGAGAGUUUUUCUCAGGGAAGGUAAUUCCAGCAUGGAAGAGUAUUCAAGGGGAGGUAAGGACCUCUCAGAAAACAACUAAGAAAAUCGGUGUCCCAACAAGAAAUGGACCAGUUACAAGACAGCAGAAGAAACUCAUGUGAAACAAGAGGAACAGCUUCAUCAGCAUUUCACUGAAAUUUGCAAAUGAGAUCUCAAAAUUUUUCAUUUAAAAAGAAAGUAUUUUUUUAACCUUUACCCUGCCAAAUUUCUAAAAUGGACUGAUUCAUCAUUCAUUUUCGGCAGUACCACUUCCUAUUCAAAGGGGUGUUCACUGAAAUUUACUGACUGAAUAGCGAACAGUGUAGACCAUGAUCAGCCUGCACAGAUGUGCAGGCUGAUCUUGGUCUGCACUGGUUGCAUAGGCAGAAUCACUCGCUUCCAGCAGGCUAUAAGUUAAAAAGGACAUUGAUAGAUUCUAUUAGAUAAAUGUGUACAUUCAUACAUUUAUAACAUGUUAUCUAUUUAAAAAUCUGUCUUCACUAAGAAAGUGAUAAAACCCUAAACUUAAUCAUAAAAAGUAUUAUUUCAUGUCAUUUUCCAGUAGACUGUUCUUUUUAUAUGGUAACAUUUUAUAUUAUUUUACAAAUUUGCUUUUAGUUGUUGAAAAUUGACGAAAAUUGGGGGAAAAGUCAAAAUACAAAUGUAGAUAUAUUCAACAUUCCUUUUUAUCUACCGGGUAUUACUGUUAAAUCAUUUAAUUUCGUGGGCAUGAAAUUUCGUGGUUUUGGUCAAAACGGCAAUUACGUGGGGAUAUGAAUUCGUGGAUUUCAAGUUUUGAACAUAAAAUGAAUGGGAAUUUUACUUGUUCGUUUGGAUUUAAUUUCAUGGAUUGACUCAACCAUGAAAUCCACGAAAAUUAGUCCCCCACGAAUAUUAAUGAUUUCACAGUAUACAAAAUAAGAGGAAAUAAUUAUAUUGUUCUACAUUAUUUUUUAACUGAUGUAAGAAAUAAAAGUAACAAUGGUUUUUGAUUGUUAUGAACUGUUUUUAGCUCAUCUGAGUUUUUGAAAAAAAGAAGAUGAGAUAUUGUUAUCACUUGAUCGGCAUUGGUGUUGCCUGGUUAAGUUUUGUGUUUAGGUCAGCUUUUCUACUAACUAUCAAAGCUAUUGCUGUAAAAUUUGCAACACUUGUUCACCAUCAAUAGCUGACUCUGUACAGCAAUAAACAUAACUCAAUCCUGCUUUUUGCAAGAAUUAUGGCCCCUUUUGGACUUAGAAAAGUAUCAGAUUUCUUGGUUAAGUUUUGUGUUUAGGGUCAACUUUUCUCAUUAACUGUCAAAGCUAUCGCUUUAAAACUUGGAGCAGUUAUGUGCCAUUUUAAGUUUACUCUGCUCAGCAAGUACCGUAACUCUACAUUGCUUUUUGCAAGAAUUAUGACCCCUUUUUGGUUUUUAAAAGCUAUUAUACAUUGGCAAAAAAAUCAGGUGAGCAUUUGCACCAGCAAGGCAGUACAAUUGUUUUGAAAUUAAUUUGAUCUGAUUUUAUACAAACAAUCUUAUCUUUUGUAGAAAUUUUAUCUAUCAUAUACAUGUUUGUGGAUAUUUUAAUGAUAAAAAUCAUUAUAAAAGUGUUUUAUAUUCAUCUUACAUUGUUAAAUUCUACUGGCAGCUAUGUUAGUUAGAUGACCUUUUGUAGAUAUUUUACGUAUACCCCAUUAACCCAAAUAAUUUUAAGUGAACUCACUAUAUUUAUUUUUGGCAUUUAAAAUUAUGUUGUGUUUGAUAAAACUAGAUAUUGAAAAUAAUUCAUAUUUUGGUAGUAAACAUGUCAAAUGAAAGAAAAAGGAGAUAGCAUAUCAACUUUUACUUGAAAAAUACUUUAAUAUGGUAAAGAUACAAUAUCAACCAUGCAUAUCUAUGUACAUUGUAUGCAAAACAAUUACUGAAUUACAAUGAAACAUACAGAGUACCCUCCCUUAUGUUAUAGAUUAAAGAGUUAAUUCCCUUUUUAUAUGCAGGGCUUUAAUCACAAACAAGCUGAAAUAAAUUAGUGUAAACUAA